AUGUACAUAUAUGAAAGAAACCAAAAUGUAAUAAAUUGUUUUUUUGUUUUAUUUUCAUAUCUGUUUCUGUCUGUCUGUCUGUCUGUCUGUCUCUCUCUCUCUCUUUCUCUCUGUAUCUGUCAAAGAGUGCCGACUGAUUACGGCUCAACUCCCAACAACACGUGGUGUCGCUGGCUGGUUGCGUGGAAACGAACGACGCACUUCUGCAAGCUUCGUUGUUACGAGAGAAAUGUGAACGUUUUCAUUUCCUUCACAGUGACCAAAUAUAUUUCUCUCACCCCCCACCCAACCACUCCACCUCGUCCAAAUCCCAACCACCUCCAACCAACCAACCCACCUCUUAUCUUUUUCCUUCGUAUUCUUCUUAUCUAUCGUCUACCUCUCUCCCUUUCCCCCAUCUCUCUCACUCUCUCUCCCGCCGUUUCUCUGUCUCUCCCUCCGUUUCUCUCUCUCCCUCCGUUCCUCUCUCUCUCUCUUCCAUCUCUCUCUUUUCCCUCUCACCCCUCUCUCUUAACCUCUCUCUUUCUCCAUCUGCCACCCUCUCUGCUUACCUAUCGCACAAGUUUUCUCUCUUUUUUUCUUUUAUUUUUCUCCAAAUUGGUUUUGUCGUUGUCACAAAAACAUACGUAUGUAAUACUCGCUUAA